AUGGAGAACAAUGGUGAAGUGUGCUCGUCAGCUUUUUACCGGGAUAACCCAGAUUGGGCUGAUGUCAAGCCGAUCUACCCUUCUAAGGAAGAGGAUGGAGCUGUUCGCAUCGCAGUGACUGAGCAGUUCCGAGAUGCAUUUGCAUACCUUCGUGCAGUGCUUGCUUCUGGAGAAAUGUCGUUAAGAGUGUUCUUGUUAACCGAAGACUGCAUUCAGCUCAAUCCUGCCAAUUACACACUCUGGCAGUUUCGCCGCGAAUUGCUAAAGAAACUUGGGGUAGAUCUAACGAAGGAGUUGAAAUAUCUCGACGACGUCAUAAUGCAGACACCAAAGAAUUACCAAGUUUGGUGA